GGUUUUCCAACGCCGACGCACGUGUUUUGAAAACGUUUUAAUUGUUUCUGCGAUUGCCCUCAGUGAAGCAACAAGCGGAGAGGUUGCAUUAAUAAACACGUUUUUUCUAUUAAACAUUAAAAAAACAAUAACCAACAAUGACUGAUGAAGUGAAUCCAAAGGCAUUCCCGCUAGCCGAUGCCCAACUCACAGCCAAGAUAAUGAACCUGCUGCAGCAGGCAUUGAACUACAAUCAACUCAGGAAGGGAGCCAACGAGGCCACCAAGACCCUGAAUCGUGGAUUGGCUGAUAUUGUGGUUCUGGCUGGCGACACGGAACCCAUUGAGAUCUUAUUGCAUUUGCCUCUCCUCUGUGAGGACAAGAACGUGCCCUAUGUCUUUGUGCGUUCCAAGCAGGCCUUGGGUCGCGCCUGUGGAGUUUCCAGGCCAAUUGUCGCUUGUUCGGUGACCACCAACGACGGCAGCCAGCUCAAGUCUCAGAUCACCUCCAUCCAGCAGGAGAUCGAGCGACUCCUAGUCUAGUUAUAUUUUAGACUUAAGUGAAAAUUCGUACAAAGUGGUAAUUUCAAUAAACGUGUAUUUUUUAAUGCAA